UCGAAAACAUUGAACGAAGGAACCCCUCCCCAAUAGAAGCUCGCACAACUCGCGCUCCCAACGAGGGAUCCUCAGCUUGCGCCAAACCUAGGUCUCCAGCCACUCCCGGUCGCUCAGGUCUCUCCACCAGUCUUCACAGCUUCCGAUUGAGAUCAAGUUGAAACAGGCACCCUUUAUCUUCUAAGAUGGCCAGAAAAGGUCGUUUCAUGAAAAAAUCGAAAGUAGGACCAGGAUGUCAGCAACCACAAAUGGCUCCGCCUCCGGCCUCUGCUACCCACCGCGAUGACUCUGAAAUACUCCCGGAUAGUGGUGAUAGUGUCCCUCCAACUUCACGCCCGUUCCUUCCGCCGCGCAGUGUACCAAGGCCUGCUCCACAAACGAGCACAACUACCAUUCAGAACUCAGAGCCAAGCCGUGUAAACUCUACGGAUAAUGCUAAUGAUGUAGAUUCUGUUGAUCAAGAAGCUGAUGACUCGUUUGUUGAUUCUAGAGCUCAGAAUCACAAAGGACGCAAGACAACAGAGUUUUAGGAAGUCAGGAUAAUCGAUUCUGAUGGCACAAUCAAGCCGGCAAGACUAAGCGUCAGGGAGGCUAUGGAAAGGCCUAACGGUAGAAAGAUCGUGCUCAGGUUCAACAAGGCAAAGCAAGCAAUUGGAAACAAGGCUGGACUGUUGAGUGGCGUGCUUGGUCUGUUAGGAUCUGAUUUUGGGAAAUUUCAUAUCUGCGAGGAAAGUUGGCGCAAGAUUACCACCAAGGACAAAGUUUAUAAUGAAUGUGUCAAGCAUAUUUUCCACAUUGAUGAAGAUAGCGAAGGAACCAUCAAAAAAAAUAUUUUGAAAGCUAUGGAAAAGUCCUGGAAGGAGACAAGGCUGAGGUUGUAUAAUGCUUAUUUCGAGCCAAUGUUCACGACUGAACAAAAUAUUGAGAACCGUCCGCCGGGAAUAUAUCGAGAGCAUUGGAGAUGGUACCUUGACUAUCGCGCCAAACCCGAGACGAAGAAGAAGUGCAAGAAAAAUGCGAAGAAUCGAUCAAAACAACAGUAUACCCACACUGGCGGUUCGAAGAGCUUUGCACGGCGUUUGGAAGAAGAGUCGGAAGAACAAGGGAGAAUAGUCGGUAGAGGAGAGUUAUGGAUAAAGGUGCACAAAAAAAGGACGGCUCCUAUAUGAAUGAUGAAGCAAGAGCAAUCGGUGAAAGAAUUGAGGAGAUUGAGCAGCAGGAUGAGUCAUCAAGGGUGUUGUCUCAAAAUGAUUCCAUUGCUCAGGUUUUCAGAAAAGAGAAACCGGGUAGAGUACGUGGUGUGGGUUUUGGACCGACUCCUAGUCAACUCUUCGGUCCAAAUUCACAUGGGUCUGGCAACGGAGUCCAACUAGAGGAGACUCAGAGGAAGCUGCUUGAACUGCAGGCAGAGCUUGAAGACGAGAAGUUGAAGAGGAAGGCGAUGGAGGAUGAGGCAGCAGCAGAGAAGUUGAAGAGGAAGGCGAUGGAGGAUGAGGCAGCAGCAGAGAAGAAAAAGAUGAAGGUGAUAGAGAGUGCUCUGAUUUAUCUGUUUCAACGCCAGGGUGAGGAGCUGCCACCAGACAUCGCUGCAGGAAUGAGUUUCGUGGAAUGAUAGAGUGAAUAGUAGAAUAUUAGGAGUGGAGAAAUUUUGCUAUGAAUCAAGCAUUUUAUUGAAUUAGACUGAGCAACUCUUUGAAAGAGAUUUCUUUUUGUUCGUAUUUUUUAUGGAUAUAUAUAUUUCCUAUUUUGC